CUCCAUUUAACUCUUCUGCUUCCCACUUAUCACCACGCGAUACGAGCUCAAUUCAGCGAUUUACUACUGACUUCGUUUCCGCUUCCACUCAUAUCAUUUUCCUUUCCUUCUUCCCAGCUUCCACCACGCGGCGGCCUCGUUAUCGGACCCUUUGUUGGCCGUUUGUCAACGCAGCCGCCGUCACAUCCAGAGACUUUCGGCUCGUCGGCAUGGCGAGUCGGGCGGCGCAGAAGCGCUUGACGCGCGAAUACAAGAGCAUCACCGAGAACCCGCCACCCUACAUCACAGCACACCCCUCAGAAGCAAACAUUCUCGAAUGGCACUACAUCAUCACAGGACCCGAGAACACAUCCUAUCACGGGGGCCAGUACUGGGGCACGCUCAUGUUCCCUCCAAACUACCCGUUCGCGCCGCCGGCGAUCCGAAUGCACACGCCCUCGGGCCGAUUCCAGCCCUCGAGUCGACUAUGCCUCUCCAUCUCCGACUUCCACCCGCGCUCCUUCAACCCGGCCUGGGAGGUAUCGACCAUCCUGAUUGGCCUGCUCUCGUUCAUGACGUCGGAAGAGAUGACGACGGGCUCCGUGUCGGCCAGCGAGGCGGAGCGGAAAUACCACGCGGCGCGCUCGCGGUGGUGGAACUCGACUGGGGGGGGGUCCCAUCUCAAGUCUGAGAACGGAGCAGGUGCCGCCGGCAAGGGCAACAUCAAGGCUGGCGACGGCGGGGCCAAAUUCAGGGCGGAGUGGCCCGAACUGGACGAGGAGAACUGGAAGUGGAUGCGCGAGAACAAGAUCGACACGGCGACGGGGAAUAAGAUUGUCGAGGCGGGCGGCCCCUCGUGCGGGCCCCAGCUCGGCAUUGCGGCCGGUAGUGGACAUCAGGCCCACGCGGUGGUGGACGCGGUGAUCCAGCAGAGAGACGCCGGGCAAGGGUGGCUGUUCCGGAAUAAGCUGUUCCUGGCGGGGGCUAUCAUAUUUGUCUACGUUUUGAUUGCGAGGCUGCUUGGGGAGGGGACCUCUUGAGUCUUGGGCGAGGGUGUUAGCCGGAUAAUGCGGAUCUUACGGCUGCCAGCGAGGUGCAAGGCGGAUUGGGUCUUUGGGUGUCCAGUUUUCCCAGGCUAUUUUAACCUGCUCAUCAGGAUGGGGUGACGUUUCCGAGAAGAAGGGAAAGUUGCCUUACGGCGGUUGAGAUGUGAGAUGGAUUUGAAACGCUUGUCUCAUACCCACGCAAUUGCUGGUCAGCGCUCUUGUCUAUAUCGGAGCAGGCAGUGCUUAGUAUUCCAUAUCCACGCAUGGACCAAAAUAGAGGUUUCUUUCUCCAGC